CUAUGAAUAACCAUUAAUUAUAUCGUAAAGGGGAUUUAUUAAUCUUCAAACUUAAUCGGUAUCGCGUUUUAGAACUAUUUCCUUAAGGAACAUAAGGAACUGUAAUUAAAAUAUAGGAAGAGAACAAGGAGGAUUAAUUUGCUUUAAAAAUUAUAUAAGAAAUUACGGAAAAGGAACUUUAGAUAACAAAAUGGCUUUAAGAAAAUCAUCAUUAAAACAUAGUCAAUAUUAUAGACUUUCAAAUACAAUAAAAUAAAGCUUACAUUUUAAUGGAAUGUUGUGAAUACAAUUUAUAUUAAGAAUUAAAAAAAAAACCAUUGGAUCAAAAAGAAUUGCGAUAUUUCAUGAUUAGUAUUGCUAGAGGUUUAAAAUAUUUACAUUCUAAUUCAAUAAUACAUAGAGAUCUAAAACCUGAAAAUAUACUUAUUACCACUCUAACAGAAAAAAAAAAUAACAAAUAAUUACAAUAAAGAAUAUAUAAAAUAGCAGAUUUUGGAUUAUCUUUGUUGUAGUAGCUUGCUUAGACUAAAUAUAUUGGAACAUGCUAUUAUAUGGCUCCAGAACUAAUAAUUAAUCUUGAUUAGCCUUACGAUCACAAAGUAGAUGUAUGGUCUUUCGGAACCAUUGUGUAUGAAAUACUAACUGGAAAACCAUUAUUUUAAGGUUUGACAACGUAAUAAGUCUAUGAUCAGAUAAAAAAAUCAUGUGAUGUUGAGAAUUAAAAGGCAUUAAAUCAAAAACUGUAGAUUAUCAAAGAUGAGCAUUAUUUGGAUUUAGUAACCAAAAUGCUCAAAUAUGAUCCCAACGAGAGAUACAAUAUAGAUUAAGUGAUCAGUGAACUAUAGAAUAAAGAUUAAAAUGUAAUAAAAAAUCGAAGUGUCAGUUGUAAUGUUACAGAAGCUAAAGAUCAAAAAUAAUUUUAGUUUAAGCUUAGUAAUCAAGCUUUUUAUAGACCUGUCUAAUUGCCAUUUAAUAAUUCUGUAACCCUACAGCAAACAAUUAAUAGACCUAACCAUCAAUAAAUUGGAAGUACCUAUUUAUAACCCAAUAAUAAUGGUAAAUUUCGCAACUAUUAUAUAUGCAAUAUUUAAAAGAAAUGA